UCUGGUCUGCCUCUAUCUGUGCAGUGUUCGCGUCCUUACGAGAUCGGUAAAGUGUGCAAGAGAUGUGAUUUUUAGUGCACCAGAACAAAAAGUUUUUUUACGAAGAGAUGAGGGUUAUAGUGUAGUGAGUUUUCAGUGCUAGUGGUGCACAUGUGGUCAAGGAGUUAUGGCGAACAACAGGCUUUGGUUUCUACAGCUGCUGCUGCUUGUGACGUGCGUGGCAACCGGAAAUGCAGUACGGUUAGCAGCUUACAUUUCAUCCGGCGGUCUUCAUGGUGAAAUACGAUUCGAGCCCGCGAACAACAAUAAUGUCAGGAUCCGUUUGGCUCUCAAAACGACCUUGCAGUAUCCAGAUCAACAAUGGCACUGGCACCUUACCGAGUUUCCCGUGGAUUACACCUUAAUAGAGAAUCGAUGCGAUUCACGGAAUCUCGGAAAGAGCGUCGUUGAUUUGACGGAAUUGGUGGGACCCUUGGAUUUUCCUGGCAAUGAAACUGGAUCCAUCGAAGUGUCGGGACUGAGUCUGUCAGGUGAAAAGGGCCUAUGGGGAAAGGGGAUACUGAUGAGAGAUACCUACAGCAACCGUGUUAUAUGCGCCUCAGUAACGGUUUUAGAUAGAAAUACAGAAAAAUUAGCAGAGGCUCGUUUCAACGGCGACAUAGCCGGAUCGGUAUGGAUGCGUUGGCUCGGAGGCUCAGCCAGUGAAGACAGCACGGAUACGAUCAUCCACACAAAUUUGCAACAUACCAGCAACAGAAAUUUCCUGAACGAGUCUUUCUCCGAACACCAUUGGAAAAUCUACGUCACCGAUAUAUUCGAUACCGGCAAAGAGCGAACGUCGUGUAGCAUUCUACAAACGGUCUUCGACCCUGACAAUUCAGGUUCCGGCAAGUCGAUCGGCGACAUCGACGCCCGCCUCGGCAAGAUACGCGUUGCCUCGCGUGUAAACAGCAAUUUCAGACAAGCUUAUCGUGACCCAGGUCUCGCUAUCCUACCCGCUGAUCUGAUUGGACCACAUCAUGUUCUAUAUCUAGUAAUAUUCCACCCGACCCAUAAUGACAUCAUCUUGGGAUGUGCGAAAAUCAAGCCAAGAAAGGCUAUAACUGCCAAGGCAAUAGUAAAUUCUAGAGGUAUUAAGGGCGAAGUGACACUGAUUCAAGAAACUCCGUUCGAUCCUACGUGGGUGAAUGUAUCGCUGUCGCCUAUUAACGAUCUGGAGACAAGGAUUCGAUAUGAGACAAAAGUCGUGUCCUAUAGCAUCCACGAGUUGCCGAAAGAACCUGAGAAGUUGUUGCAAGACACGAUUGAACCUUGUUUGACGACUAAAAAUUUGUAUGAUCCUUUGAAGAUUAAUGAGAACACAGUUCCACCAGCAGGUCUGGGUACUCAGGAUCAGUACGCUGUAGGCGAUUUAACUGGCAAACUCCAAGGACGUAAAGAAGGAUCGCAUCAUCUCGAUAUUCUUCCGGGUUCUGCUAAGCUUAGUGGUCUUUACUGGGAUGCCUACCUGCCUCUUUCCGGAAUCAACAGUGUUGUUCACAGAUCUCUUGUAAUUCACAAGUACAACGAAUCAGACAAUGAUGCAACAAGUGUGAUCCCGUGGGUUUGCAGUACAUUUUCGUUGCAGCUACCCAACAAUGCUGGUCAAAUGCCAAUGAUCACUGCUGAAGUGACAUUCCGUUAUCCAAUCGUGGGCAAAGUGAUCUUUCGGCAACCAAGAAACGAACCUGAGAUGGACACCACAAUCAUUAUUGAGCACUUGAUACACGCCGAUGGAAGCUCUUUGAACGACUCCGUUGAUCACAGAUGGAUGAUCCAUGACGAGCCACCUGGACAGGACUACUACAACUGGACAUCUAGGUGUCUGAGUGCAGGUGCUCCAUACAAUCCAUACGAGAUCGAAUGGGAUGAUAAGCAACCUCAAUUCUGUUCAGAGCACACUGUACCUUUCUGCCGAAUGGGUGACUUUACCAGACAUGGAAAUCUGAAUAUUGCUGGUCGAAAGAAAGAUGGAUUAAGGUUGACUCGAAAACUCUUUACCGACACUUUGCUGACGCUUUCAGGACCAACAGCUAUUUUCGGAAAAAGUCUAGUGAUUUACGACGAUCACGGACCCAAAGCCAGAGGUGAACGACUUGCCUGUUCUAUAAUCACUGGACUGUAUAGAAGAAAGGCGGUGGCCAAAGACUGGUUUGGCAACGGCGAGGAGAUAUCGCUAGGCGGAAAAUUGGAAUUCAUCCAAGAAAGCGCUUACGAUGUCACCGACGUCGAAGUUAAUCUCGAGGGCUUGAAUGGGAAGAUGAGCGGCUAUCAUGUGCAUAUGACACCAGUGGAGAUCGAUUUGACGUUUCCAUGUGAAGGCACAAGCCUUUAUGGCCACUGGAACCCACUGAACGUCGACCCGAGCACGUCACCUCCAUCGACCUCCGGUACCAGUGACCAGUACGAGAUGGGCGAUCUUAGUGGAAAGUUUGGAACCUUGGAUGGACGUCGCAGGUAUAUGUCCGUCUACAACGACACUCAGUUGCCACUUUUCGGACCAAGAAGUAUCUUAGGAAGAAGUAUCAUUGUCCACAAGAAAGAGAAGAAUGCCAGGUGGGCAUGCACAACAAUCGAACGUGGAUAUGCCCCAUCAGAGGCCAGAGAGCUAAGAGCUAUUGCGUCGUUUCAUCAUCCGCAAGGCUAUGCUUAUGGAUACAUUAGAAUGACUCAACUGAUUUAUAAAGAUGGCAGUCAGAGUGAUACUGUUAUGGAAGUCAAAUUACGACAUCCCGGAAGACAGGAUCGCAAUGUUACGAGAAAUCACAACUGGGCAAUAUACGUUAAUCCUGUGGGCGUUGACGCUACAGUGCAAAUCAAAGAUACUCGCUGCGUGGCAGGUGGCUACCGAUGGAACCCUUACUUCACACAACUGGCUGAUCCUCUAAAUGAGGAUCUCUAUAGGCAAGAAUGUGGUCCGGAUCUUCCGCUACGUUGCGACGUCGGCGACGUCUCUGCGCGUGUUGGUCCCAUUGACAUAGGCGUAGAGAGACGAGUAUUCUCAGAUCCAAACUUUCCACUUGAGGGCAAAGUUACGGCCUUGGGAAAGUCGAUCGUCAUCCUGGAUAAGGACUUCGGCAGCAGUAGGUUCGCCUGCGCCAACAUAGAGCCGGACAACGACAUCGUUAAAUACGCCAACAUUCGAAAGCCGCCGCGUUUCGUCGCUGCGCAAUUUCUGGAGGACGUUAGGCAGGUCAUGGGGAUUCCUGAGUGGAUGCUGUCCAUCGACAAUAGGAAAACGAAAAUUUUACAUGACGGCGCAUGUAUACAGUUCUUGCUGCACUUCAAAGGUCCCAUUGCCAACAAGCUUGAACAGGACUUCAGUAAACUAAUGACAACGGGUAGACUGGACGCUCCGAGUCUGCCUAUUCCUGGUUACGUGCCAACGAAACGUAAAAACACUUUGGGUCAUCGGCAAUGUGGCACUCGUGAUUACAGCGAUAAGAAAAGCGGAAAGAAUUCACGAUUUUACUACGUUUCAAGCGCAAAGCGAUCGGUGUCAGCAUUUUUAUCGUUAUGGAGUUUUCUGGUAGUGUUCGUGGUAUCGUAAGGAGCAAGUUCAGCUAUACAAAAUGAAAUAUGCUUCAUGUUCCAUACGUCUCUAUAGGUUUAUUUUUCACAUUUUUAGUGUAUAACAUUGUUGAUAUUAUUGAAAGUCUGACUAGAAAUCCAUUCCGUGAUUUAUUUAUUUAUAUGUAAACUUAUGUGUUGAUGGAUAUUGCUUUGUAAAAUAUAUGCUACUACGACCAAUCUUUGUACUUUUGUAAAAUGUUAUCAAAUAGGAAUAAAAGGGCACGUUAACGCCUGCUGAUAAAUAUGUAAUGUAAAUCUUAUCCCUGAACAUUUUCAAACCCAAACACCCUAGAUAUUGGCUCGAAUUUUUAAAAGCAACUUCAUAUAGCACGAAUCCCCUGUGCUUUCUAAGGUUUUCACGAAAAGGAAAGCCGGAGGCAGAACAAGCAGUGAAACAAAGGCUCCUCAGCAGGGAGUAGAAAAAGCGUCGGGCUUUACUACAGGGUAUAGACAAGGCUCGAACGAGGCGUCUGAGCAUCUGCUAUAGCGGUCAGUUUCUAUGCUGCUGCCUCUCGGGACGAAGACCUAGACGUCAGGGAGAAGCCGAAACGCAGGAGGCAAGGACAGUCUGGUUGAAACUGCACUAGUAAGCACAUUGCAUUCGAAAAUAUACACAUCAGGAGCGAUCCGAAAGUACAACACGUUUCGUGAAGUGAAGGCACGAAUUGAUUUGUUUAGGUAAAUGGUCAGCGCACUCGACUUCCACGCUGGAGCUCCAGGUUCGAUUCCCGACAUCAAUCGCCGAAAUAAAUGAAUACCUAAUUAGUCUCGAAAAAAUUAUACUCGCAGAAAUUCGAUCAACGGUCCCGAGAUACAAGCCUACCGACAACAUUCUUAACUAUGUAAAUAGCAAAAUCAAAAAACUUCAUAAGUAUAAGUCCUUUUUAAUUACGACUAUCAAUCAGCGUUAUCGUAAUAACCAAUCUGCUUCCCAGUUCAAUUUGCCUUUCCUCAAACACUUAGUUAACAAAAUUAACACUCUUCUUAAGAAUAAAUAUAGCACUUCCUACACAAGUUACUGGAACUCUCAGAUCGAAAACAUCGACCACAGAGACCCAAACAGCUUUUUUCCAAAAAUAAAUAGGUUUAUUCGACCCAAGGAACCGCUCAAAAUUGGCUCUCUAAUGGUCGAUAAAACGAAUGAACUAGUCACCCUCAGUGGCAUAAAUACCACAGAUAUCCCGCUAGUUAACGACAAAUACAUAAUUGAGAAACCUGACGAUAUACUCGACGUAAUAGGUGCCUACUACGAAAAAGUCAAUUCUCCCAAACUAUACAACGAAAAUACGCCUCUCAAAAAAAUAGUGGAUCGCAAAGCUAAGCAGCUAACCGACUCCUUUGCCAAUAACUCUAGCUCAAUAACCUCCUUCUCGGAUGAUAAACCAGCGAGCAACCCUCAGCACGUCCCAAAUUCACUUUCCUUCUUCAAUACACUCGAAACUUGAAAUUAUAAUAAGUGUUUUAAUAAGUUGUGCUAAUUUUAUUGAAAAUUAAAAUUUCACUUGUGUAAAUCGACAAUCAAGUUAAGAAACUAAUUCGACAAUAAUUGUCAUUUUCAAAAAAUAAUAACUGGACGUUGUAAAGCCGUCGUUCAAGCUAUUUGAUAUUCUAGCAUUUUUGCAUAUCCUUGUUUAAUCUUUAUGGUUUUAUUACUCGUAUUGAAAUGUGUGACACCAAGUCACUCCACUAUAUGUACACCAGAUAAGAGAAUAUGCAAAAUGAAAAAACAGCGUGGUAGAAGCGCUUAUGUAAAAGUCAAUGUCAAUCAUCAACGUUAUGUAAUAGAAGCUACUAUGACUGAAUAAUGCUUCAAUAUUACGUAUUUCGCAGAUACUCUUAUUUCCGCGUUACAAUUUUCAUCAGUCCAAUGUAGUUCAUAGCAUCCGAUUACAUGAGGUAACAUAUAACAGUACGAUCACACUUAUGGUGACCGAUUGCACCCAAUUUUUCACUUUGGCCUUGUCACAUUAAAUAUUUUUAUUAUAAAGCAUCUAGUAAGCAUCGAAGAUCCAAACACGAUAACGUAUCAACACCAUCAAUUUAAUUUAUUUAUUCAGACCAGUAAGAAAAUUGUACAGUAGAGCAUUUAUGAAACUCCGCUUUCUGCAAAGGUCAACACAGUUACUUGUCCGGAGCAUAGGUCGUUUAUGCAUUACAUAAACUUAAGAAAGAAAUGAAGUCUUUAAAAAAAUACUGACAGAAGAAAAAGUGAUAAAUUAACAGCAUUAAUAAAAUUUUAAUUUGUUGUCCAUAACUACUGGUUAUUUUAAAUUCUAUAAUUUUUGCUUAUCAUACAAACGAAAAAAAAUAAAUAUCAUGAAAAACGUGUUAAAGCAUUUAUAUGAAUAUGCCACAAUUACCAUGAUAGAAAAAUCAGCAUAUUAUUGAGCUCAUCGAUUUUAUACCGAUCGAUCGCGUCAAGUACUCAUCAGUAUAAUUCUUUCCUCGAAAAGAAAUAGAUUUUAAGGAUUUUUUUAUACAGAUAGAUAUCAAGCAACCAAAUGACCAUACAAUUCACUUGCUCGAGUCCAUACCGUUCGUUCGCUCGACUUCACAGAGACAGGUCGUUAAUGAACUUAAAGAGGAAACGAUAUAGCUAUAUAACGUUGAUCUUGCAAGCUGAAGGGGCACGUGCGCGUCGUUACUCAUCAGUCGUCAAUAUACUCCAUACAAGUAAAUUACUGCACUGCUGCUGCGUCUCUAUUCGAUAUAGUAAACAGUCAACAUUGUGUUUUCUUCAGUUUUGUUUGUUUCUUGUGUGGUUCCGGAUUGUUUGUGAUAUUGUGCGAAUUUAAAAAAAAAGCUGUUAUCUUGUGAAUAAGUGAUCGAUUUCGCGGGUUACAGACGAGUUAAUAUUUAAAUUUUAUUCUGCACAGACAUCGGUUGAAAGGAUACAGUAGAUAUAUUACAGCCGAGUACAUUAGUGAAAGUGUGGCGGUCCCCUCCUACCACCACAUGCGGCCCGAAGCGCCGCCUAGCGGCGGAGGGGAGCUUAGAAGCUUUGUCACUUUCGUGAAUCAGUUACGGCCUGGCCGCCGGGUCGAACAGACUUAGACAUCUUGUACAUAAAUAAUUACAAUCUAGUCACAAUCAUCUCUCA